AUGAGAAGGCAAAGACAGCAGGACACCAGCAAUGAAACUCCGGAUGAAUUGGUAGCUCAAGAUCCAAACGAGGAUGAGGAAACGCCAUCUCCUAAGAAACCCAAGAAAAUUGAUGAAUGUGAAGGCAACUUUGGUGGAGACCAUACAGAUGACAAAAAUGCUAUCUACAGUGCAUGUGCAUCAACUUCAGGUGUAAGUUUACAAUAUGAUGAUGUUAAUGUUGUUGAGAAUUCUAUCGUCCAAACAGGUUUAGGUCAUCCAGAUGAUAUGCAAAAUACUACUCAUUUGGAGGAAGUUGCCAAUCAUCAUGUUGCAGAAAACGAGUUACCCAGAACACCUUGCAGCACACAACUGCAUCCUGAAACUAGUAUUCAAAGUGAAGAAAGUGAACUCAUUGCAGCAGCAGGAGCUGUACAGCAUACUACCCAUUUGGAGGAUGUUGGCAAUCAACAUACUGAGCCAGAUGAGAUGCCUGAAGUUCCUAGAGUUCUUAACGACAGACAACCAUGUGUUGAAGCUAGCGACCGCAACGAUGAAAGUGGACUGAUUGAGCGAGCAAGAGCUGUUGGCAUUGCCUAUGAGUUUGCAAAACCUGGUAGUACUGAAACUGAUGACGAUAAGAGAAGAAGGAGACGCCGAAAUCAAGGACGGAUUUUGCAAGGCGAAAGGAGACUCCUUGAAGUGAUAAAUGAUCUUCCCCCACCACCCCCACCGGGAUCAAGUCAACAUGAAGAUGAAUGCUAUGCCGCUAUUCGAGCAUUUGAGGUUGAACAAAUGACUUAUGAAAUCAGUUGUUGCAAUGUUUGCAGAGAAAGACGACUUCAAGCGAAACCCACAAGAGGUGAUUGUUGCUCUCGUUGUAAAAGGGACACGCAAACUCCAAAGUUAUGGUCAGAAGAAAAUAACAUGGACCCUGGGGACUCGUCCCAGAACCCUGCUUAUAGUACUAUAACCAUUGAUGACGCUCGAAUUCAAGACUUGCCCGAGGAUGGCGAAUUACCCCAACUACGCACAGUGGAAUUUACAGAGACGCAACAUSAAAAUGACCAAGGGCCAGCCCCAAAUCAGUUGGAUCUUGAAGUGUCAGAAAAUGAUGAGGAGACUGUUUCUGGAGUACUACUGCCCGAACCUGGUGUGAAUGUGCAAGAACAGAUUGAGACAGCUGUGAACCAACUCAGCGAGUCUGUACAUGAUGAAGAAUCGCAUAACAGACACACAGUUGAACGACCGGUUAUCCCAUGGCCAUCGACAGAUACAACACCAGCAUCAGAAUUUAGUACACCCUAUUUUUUCACAAUGGCAUUUCCCUGUCUCUUCCCAAAAGGAAAUGGAGAUUACAAUGCAAACCGUGCAAGAACUUGUACAGCACUACACGAGUGGGCAGAGCAUUUGCUGUGGUAUCAGGAUGGACGAUUUGCCAAGCACAAAGUGUGGAAAUUUGUAGUACACAACAUGGUUAUGAGAAAACGAGCCCUUGAACAGAGCAGAUAUUUCGUUGACCAGCAACUCGGAGAACCCCACAUGACUGUGGCUGAUCUGCAAGAACGCUUUGCAAGAGGAGAUACAACCAUACAACGAGAGGACCAAUAUGAAGAAGAUGAUGAUGAAAAUGCUUCUGAAGCUGAAGACCAGCCAGAUUGGGUCAACGUUUAUGCAGGCUUGAAUCAUCAAUUUGAAGGAGUUGAAUGCGAAUUUCAAUAUGACGAUGGUGGCGAUCAGUUUGACUGGAGUAACACUUCAAUCCCAAUACCUGAAGAUAAACAACCUAAGAGAUGGCUUCAAGAUUGUGUUGACGCAAAUGAAGAAGGGCGUUCUACAAACAGAAAUGUUAAUUUGCCAGAAGUAUGUCCCUCAACGCUGAAUGAAGAGCAGAGAUCAAUAGUGAGCUUAGUCCUGCACACAUUGUACAAUUUUCUGGAGAGUCCUCAGGAUUACUCACCAUUACGGCUUGUUGUAUCUGGUGUUGGUGGAACUGGAAAGUCUUAUGUUAUCAAAUGUUUACAACGACUGGUACGGCAGGUGUUUGGAAUAAACGAUUGUAUACAAGUGAUUACCCCAACUGGAAACUCAGCUUAUCUAGUAGAUGGUGCUACUGCCCACAGCUUCCUAUCACUGCCAACAGGAAGACGAUCUUGUAACGAGCUAUCUAUACCAUCUGGAGUAGUUMUAGAAAGAACCCAGACCAAAUGUCAAAACUUGAAAGUGCUUAUUGGAGACGAGCGAUCGAUGUUUGGACGCAUAACAAUGGGAUGGAUGGAGCAACACGCACGGUAUGGCAUGAAUAGAGGAAAUUCAUCUGAAGAGCUUUGGGGAGGUAUUCCAGUAAUUGUGAUGAUGGGGGAUGACAUGCAGUUACCUCCUGUCUGUGAUACGCCAGUGUAUGUUCCUGAUGCCCGUAGUGCACCUUCCAACCAUGGUCGAUUGGUUUGGACAACAUUUGAUAGUGCUGUGGAACUUAAUAAGAAUGUGAGACAGUCAGAAUCCGAGAUUCAACUUAGAGAAGUACUGAUGUCUAUGAGAUCCUAUACCAAU